GGAGCUUUGUGCGGAAUGGAGGUCGAGGGCUGCUCGCUUAUCUCCCGGGCUCUCCGGGAGGAGGGAGACUUCGGCUUCUGCGCGUCUGCAGGGGGGAGCUCCCAGAUGUCCUUUGAGGAGGUGGCCGUGUUCUUCUCGGAGGAGGAAUGGGCUCUCCUGGAUCCGGACCAAAGAAAACUCUACUGGGAAGUGAUGCAGGAAAACUACGAAACCCUGGUGUCUCUGGUUGCAGAUGUGAGGGAGAUGGCAAGUGAGAAGGAACGAGGAAGGGCAGUUGUGGAACGAAAUGAAGAUCUGGAGAGAGAAGCAAAACGGGGGGAUCACGUGGUACCAAAGAAGGAGCAGAGAAGCCAAAAGGAAGCAAAGCAGAAGCAGAGAAAGAAACUGCUUGCCCAUCAGAGCAGGAAGACACCUGAGGACCCAGGCAACAAUGAAAUGCAGAAGAGAAAGAGAAGGCAUAAGGGUCACUGGAAAGCCAAAUCAUUGAGAUGUGAACUCAGACUUGAAAUAUGUCAAAACAUUUCAACAUUCUGGAAAAGAUAUAAACGCUCGGAGUGUGGAAAGACCUUUUUUCAGAAUAGCAAGUUGGCUAAACAUCAGAAGAUGAACAUGGGCGAGAAGCCAUAUAAAUGUUUGGAGUGUGGGAAGAGAUUCUCUUUCAGUAGUCUCCUAACUGUCCAUCAGAAGAUUCACACAGGGGAAAAGCCAUAUAAAUGCUUAGAAUGUGGGAAGAGCUUCUCUUAUAAAUGUAACCUACCUAGACAUCAAAAGCUUCACACAGGGGAGAAGCCAUAUAAAUGCUUGGAGUGUGGAAAGAGCUUCUCUCAGAAUAACCACCUAACUAGCCAUCAAAAGGUUCACAUAGGAGAGAAGCCAUAUAAAUGCUUGGAGUGUGGGGAGAGCUUCUCUGAAUCUUACCACCUAACUAGACAUGAAAAGGUUCACACGGGGGAGAAGCCAUAUAAAUGCUUGGAGUGUGGGAAGAGGUUCUCUCAGAAAGGUACCCUAACUAGCCAUCAAAAGCUUCCCACAGGGGAGAAGCCAUAUAAAUGCUUGGAGUGUGGGAAGAGGUUCUCACAGAAAGGUACUCUAACUAGACAUGAAAAGGUUCACACGGGGAAGAAGCCAUAUAAAUGCUUGGAGUGUGGGAAGAGCUUCUCUUUCAAUAACCUCCUAACUAGACACCAAAAGGUUCACACGGGGAAGAAGCCAUAUAAAUGCUUGAAGUGUGGGAAGAGCUUCUCUUUCAAUAACCUCCUAACUAGACACCAAAAGGUUCACACAGGGGUGAAGCCAUAUAAAUGCUUGGAGUGUGGGAAGAACUUCUCUCAAAAUAGCAAUCUAACUAGCCAUCAAAGGGUUCACACAGGGGAGAAGCCAUAUAAAUGCUUGGAAUGUGGGAAGUGUUUCUCUCAGAAAAGCUCCCUAACUGUCCAUCAGAAGGUUCACACGAGGGAGAAGCCAUUUAAAUGCUUGGAGUGUGGGAAGAGCUUUUCUCAGAAAGGCUCCCUUACUAGCCAUCAAAACAUUCACAUGGAGGAGAAGCCAUAUAAAUGCUUGGAGUGUGGGAAGAGCUACUCUCACAAUGGUGACCUCACUAAACACCACAGGAUUCACACAGGGGAGAAACCAUAUAAAUGCUUGAAGUGUGGGCAGCGCUUCUUUGAAUCUUACAUCCUAACUAGACAUGAAAAGGUUCACACGAGAGAGAAGCCAUAUAAAUGCUUGGAGUGUGGGAAGAGCUUCUCUGAAUCUUACCACCUAACUAGACAUGAAAAGGUUCACACGGGGGAGAAGCCAUAUAAAUGCUUGGAGUGUGGGAAGAGCUUUUCUCAGAAAGGCUCCCUUACUCGCCAUCAAAACAUUCACAUGGAGGAGAAGCCAUAUAAAUGCUUGGAGUGUGGGAAGAGCUUCUCUGAAUCUUACCGCCUAACUAGACAUGAAAAGAUUCACACGGGGGAGAAGCCAUAAAAAUGCUUGGAGUGUGGGCAGCGCUUCUCUCCGAAUACCUACCUGACUAGCCAUCAAAAUGUUCACACAGGAGGGAAGUCAUAUAAAUGCUUGGAGUGUGGGAAGAGCUUCUCUUUCAAUAGCCGCCUAACUAGACACCAAAAAGUUCACACAGGGAAGAACCCAUAUAAAUGCUUGGAAUGUGGGAAGAGCUUCAAUGAUAGGAGCAACCGUACUGUACAACUCAAUAAGCACACUGGGGAAUAGCCAUCCCACCAUCAUCUAAUUUUGCCUUCUUUGUUUCAUGAAGUGUUUGAUAGUAGCUUUCCUUGACUAGGAUCAUCUAUCUUUCUAAUUCCCUCCUUAUUCUCCCCUCCAUCCUUUCUCUUAACAUCAAACAAACUUACAUACUACCCCUGGUGAGCAAAACGUGCAUAUUUUUCUCUCUCCUCCCUUAAGGCACCUCAUGUUCAGUCUCCCCAUAGUAUGUGUAGUUUUACAACCCCACACCAUAAACAGUCCCCUUAGUUUGUUCUAAUCUAAAACUUCCUUGCGGGCUAAUUUCUUCCCAUCUUCACCGCCUGAAACAAGUCAAUUCCUUCAUGUUGUUCUAUGUUCCAAAUUUCAAUUCCCAAAGCAAUUUGUCACAAGCAAAAAAUGAAAGGACAUCUCUUGCAAUCGGCAAAAAGAUUAUUUCAACCGCAGCUUGACUGAAGGUGUAUCUCCUUCAGCACACUAAGUGUUCACACGAGGGUUGCCGGAUGGCCAGUUCUGAAUCAGUUUGGCAUUAUAUUGCGUAUAUAUUGUCCAUUAUAUAGGGUACCCAGAGCUAAAUUCUUGUCCAGAAUCCUAUCAGUCACAAACAUAUUCUGAAAUAGAGAAGAUUGUGUUUUUGUUAUCUGAUAUUGAUAAUCAUGUGUCCUAUAGAGUCUCUCAUUUCGCACUCGCAGCCAAAAAGAUAAGAUCUAAGGUGGUACUGAAUGAGGCUGUUUCGUGAUCCCUGGGAUUGUUUGGCAUACUGUACUGUUUUAAUUCAUUUUAAUUAACCGCUACAAACUGUGAUAAUGGAUUUAACUAUUAGUUGAUGUUUGGUAAAUUGUGACGGCCAAUGGCUAUAGACAAUAAACUCUUUGGAACUUUGGUAAA